AGCGCGAAACAGAAGCACACAAGUCAUGGCGGGAAGCGACGCUCGGAAGCAGCUCCUAAACUUAAUUAACGAUUUCGCAUCUGAAAAGUCGCACGGAGAGCGAAGAGUGGUAAGUCUGAGGAAGAGAAUCGACGAGCUCGGAUCCGAGCUGGAAGUUGCAAAUGCAGAGCUCGAAGAAGCGAAGCGCGCCAAGGAAUACACCGAGCAAGAGAUCAAAGGCUACGAAGUUGAAUUGGCGAUGAACGAAGCAGCAAUUCAAACGCUGGAGUUGAGGAUUUCUCAUACACAAGAAGAGAUUUCCGACGUUGGAUCUGAAGUCGAAGCUCUCAAGGAGGUUCCAAGAGUCAAUUGCUGGCCAUAUUCAUGAGGAAGAGUACAGUGGAAGUGCAGAAGGUGAUGGCCUGUGUACGUUUAGCCAUUAACCAGAAGAAUUGAUCUCGUAACAUAAGAAGAUCCCAAGGUAGGAAAGGAGGAGGUUACUGAAGGUGAUUUAAGAGAACUUGAGGAUAUGCUUGCUGGUGUGGUGUCUCAGGCAACCAAAGCGGAAGAAGAAUACGAAGCUGAACAGAAUACUCAAAAGCAGGUCCAGCAGGCGCUGAGUGCUUGCAGAAGGGAGGUGUUCUUAAUGGAGGAGACGUUGAAAGCAACGAAAGAAGUGUGUGAUGUGACAAGAUAUCCUUUUUAAGAAUACAUUGGUUACUGAAAUUGUUCAAUGCUUAAGCACAAUCAUAAGAACAGUUGGCUACUUGCAAUUUUCAUCGUUUUGAAAACUGCCAUAAUUGAAUGCAACCCAAAUCCACAUCGGCUAUUUGUACAAGCUUCUUGGACAGCUUUCUUCCCAAGUGAAUGCCUGUUUUAGUUAGUCUAGAAUUCAAUUGCUAUGUUGGAUUUUAAGGUCUAGUUUUGCGCUAAAUGCCAUAUUUGUGAGCAUGACCUACAUAUAUUUUGCCUUUGACGGGAAACAAGCAGACUUCAGAAUUGGAACAGAUC